UGUCGUGUUAAAUAAAGAAUGUAAACAUUACAAAUAAAAAUAAAUAUAUAAUACUAAAUCUGCAUAUAGACAUUUAUUAUACAGAAUAAAUUUCAUAAUAUGGUGAAAAUAAAUACACUUUUAAUAUAAAGUUUUGGAAAAAUAAAUAUUAAGUGUGAAUACUUAUUUGGGUUAUCAUCCACCAUUUCUAAGUAUUUGUUAAUUUUUUUUUCUUGGAUAAAGUUGUCAUACUACCUACUUUGGUGAAGUAUUAAGAUGUAUAGUAAUAUUCUAUAAAUGUUUACCCAUGUUAUAAACAUUUAAUUUGAUUAAGUUCUACUAAAAUGGAAUUAUCACACAGCUUAACCCUAAACGAAGAAGCCUUAUCACAAAUAGGAGAGGCUAAAAGGCCAGUUUUUAUAUUCGAAUGGCUGCGAUAUGUGGACAAAGUUCUUGUAGCGGCACAGAAGAACGAUAUCAAAGGAUGUCAGAAACAGUUAGUUCAGCAACUUAUGAACCGCAUACAAGAAUCUCCAGGUCCCCCAACAAGAAAAUUAAUUGCCAGAUGUCUUGCCACAUUGUUUUCAGUUGGAGACACGUUCUUGCUCUUCGAUACGGUGAAUAAAUGCAAUGAUAUUUUAAAAAAUAAGGAUGACUCGCCCAGCUUCUUGCCAACUAGAUUAGCUGCUAUCUGUUGUGUUGGUACCAUGUACGAAAAACUGGGUAGGAUGAUGGGUAGAUCAUAUGAAGAAACAGUUCAUAUCUUAAUACGUUCCCUCAGAAAUGCAGAAUCGCAAACAAGGAUUGAAAUCAUGUUAACAUUAGAAAAAGUAUGUGCUGGAAUGGGAAGCGCCAUUUCAAAUGUUCACAAAGACAUAUAUAAAGCUGCAAGACACUGCCUUAUUGAUAGAGUGAUGGCUGUUAGAUGUGCAGCGACUAGAUGUUUGUUGGAAAUGUUGAACCAUGCACCAUUUUUAUACACUACCGAAUUGGAGAGCUUAGCAACGUUGUGCUUCAGAGCUUUUGAUGGAUCUAACUAUGAAGUACGAUGUGCGGUUGCUAAGCUUCUUGGAGCCCUUAUCGCCAUGACGCAACAGAAUCAAAAUACAGGAAAAAAUGCUCAACAGCAGCAACCUAAGGGGUUGAAAUUGGUGUCUCUUGAUGAAGCACUGGGUAUUCUCAUGUCAGGUUUUCUAAGAGGAGGCGUCGGGUUCUUGAAAGGUACCGGCGAAAUUAUUAAGGGUAGUUCUGGAGUAAACAGAGAAGUUCGAGUGGGAGUAACACAUGGGUAUGUAACAUUUGUCCAUAUAUUGGGCAGCGUCUGGCUAGAAAAAAAUAUGAAGACAUUUCUUAGCCAUAUUCUGUACUUGGUAGCAAAUCCGAAAGCAGCAUCUUCACAUGUGGAUGCUGUGUACUCCAGAAAAUGCAUAAACUUCAUUUUGAGAAGUGUUUUUGGUAAAAUGUUGGGCGAGAAGGCACAAACCUCAGCUUGUAAAGAGAUUGCGCAAAUAAUAGUGAAAGAAAUGAAUUCUAUCGACUUCAAUCCUGAAAACGCAAAGGAAUUUAACCAGGAAACACUAUUUAGUCAGCACCUACUAGUUUGUGCUCUACAAGAAAUUGGAAGUUUGAUAUUAAGUCUUGGUACAUCAGCUCAUGACAUAAUCACUGACCAAACAUUAAAUCUGAUCGAUGUUACUGUGAGCGUACUUAUUCAUCCUUGUCAAGCAGCAAGGCUCGCAGCAGCUUGGUGUUUACGUUGCAUUUGUGUUGCUGUGCCGAGUCAGAUAUCUCCUCUUAUAGACCGUUGCGUCAACGGCAUCGAACAGUUUCGAACUUCACCGGAAGCCAUAUCAGGGUACAGCUCGGCUCUAGCCGCUGUUUUAGGAGGCGUAAAACUUUCACCGCUCGGUGUACCACAUAUGAAAGGGAAAAUAAUAUUUAACACAGCAGAAGAACUGUUAAGAAGCGCCAGUCAGAACAGUCGACUGUCGUUGAACAGAACACAUGCUGGUUGGUUGUUGAUCGGGGCUAUAAUGACGUUGGGAAUACCAGUCGUCAGGGGAUUGUUGCCGAGAAUGUUGCUGCUAUGGAGGAAUUCUUUUCCAAGAUCUGCGAAGGAGUUAGAAUCUGAAAAGGCAAGGGGCGAUGUGUUUACGUGGCAAGUUACACUGGAGGGCCGCGCUGGCGCGUUGUCCGCCAUGCACAGCUUCCUCCAGAACUGUCCGGAAUUGGUUAACGAGGAUACAAAUAGGAGGCUUAUGACUCCGAUAGAAUCUGCGCUUGCUAUGCUUACAAAUAUUUCUAGCAUAUUGAAGACGUAUGGGCAGCAGUUAAAGGCUCCUGCUGCAAUGGUGCGGCUGCGGCUCUGCGAAACACUUUUACUUCUUGCACCACAGUGUUAUGAAAAUUCUUAUACCCAUUUACUAAGAAUGCUGGUAGCUGAAUUUACUUUAACUGAAAAUCCCGCAAAUACGACCACAUCCCAGUUGCGUACAGUGUGCCAUGCUGACGAUUCUGUCAUUUUGGGCACUUGGUUGCAGGAGACGGACCACAGAACAAUUGAAGAUCAGAUGGAGCCUAAUCGCAGGGCAGAUGGUGAACAUCUACAACCCAACAGCGCUGCUGGUUCUGGUGCGCUAGAACACGAUCCUUGCUGUCUGUACCGACAAGUCCAAACGGGUGAGUUGAUACCGGGACCUUUGCCUCUUGGAGUUGCCGUUAUCGAUAUAUCUGUGCUUCUUUUUGGUCAAAUCUUCCCUAGAGUAACCAACAAGCACAGAGUGCAAAUGUUAGACCAUUUUGCCGAAUGUAUAAAGCACGUACGGAGCACCAGGCAAGAAGCCGUCCAAAUGAACGUGUUCACAGCUUUGUUGAGUGGUCUCAAAGGAUUAACUGAAACGAAAGUUACUUUGAGUCAGGAAGACAUAAAAAAAUCAGCUGUCAAUCUUAUAAUUGGGGCUCUUACAUCACCAAACCCAAUAUUACGCUGUGCCGCCGGAGAAGCUGUAGGCCGAAUAGCGCAGGUGAUAUCCGAUCCUAAAUUCACGGCCGAAUUAGCGCAGACAAGUUUUGAUAGGUUGAAAUCCGCUAGAGAUGUCGCUAGUAGAACCGGACAUUCACUCGCCUUAGGCUGCUUACAUAAAUACGUUGGUGGAAUGGGAUCCAGUCAACACUUAAACACGAGCGUUUCGAUCCUACUGGCGCUAGCGCAAGAUCAAACUUCGCCGAUCGUACAGGUGUGGUCGCUACAUGCUUUGGCACUUAUAGUUGACUCGGGUGGUCCAAUGUUUAGAGGAUAUGUCGAACCAAGCCUUUCAUUAGCUCUUAAAUUACUACUGAACGUUCCACAGUCGUACAUUGAUGUUCACCAGUGUAUCGGUAAAGUUUUAUCGGCGCUGAUCACAACGAUCGGACCGGAACUUCAAGGAAAUACUUCCAGUAUAUGCACUGCCAGAUAUUCGUUUUUGUGCGCCUGCGCCAUCAUGCAGGACCACCAGGACCCUUUGGUGCAGGCCGAAGCAACCGGAUGUUUGCAACAGCUUCAUCUGUUUGUACCGAGGCAUGUCAAUUUAUCUUCGUUGGUGCCAACCUUAUGCCGAACGCUCUCUAGCAAUCAUUUGUUAUUACGAAAAGCCGCAAUAUCAUGUCUGAGGCAAUUAGCGCAAAGAGAAGCUAAAGAAGUAUGCGAACAUGCCAUGACGUUGGCUAGUGAAAGUCGCGACCACAACACUGUCGAAGGUUUACUUAUAACAGAAACUGGACUCCCCGGGGUGUUCUUUAGUAUGCUGGAUACAGAAACCGACACAAAUCUCAUAAAAGAUAUCCAUGACACGAUCAUAAGUAUGUUGCAAGUUCUAGCCGCUGAUAAUCUCUCCCAGUGGUUAGGGUUAUGUAAGGAUGUUCUCACUGUGGCCACAGAAACAAGCAGUGAGGAUCGUCUCAGCUUGAACACAAACGAGGGCGAAGAAAACGAUGUUGAAGGCGACGACGAUCAGGCAGAAUUCCACGCCGAGGAAGACGCUUCCCAUCCAGCGAUUCAACCGAGAUGGCCCACUAGGGUGUUUGCUGCCGAAUGCGUUCGGAAAAUAAUAGCAGCUUGCGAAGCUAACAACAAAACUGCGCACUUCGAUCUGAUCCAAGCGAAGGAGAUGUAUCUAACGAAAGGAAAGAGCGACUAUUUAGCCCUACACUUAUCCGAUUUAAUACGAAUGGCAUUCAUUGCCGCAACGAGUGAUUCCGACCCGUUACGGCUUGAGGGUCUGAAAACUUUGCAAGACAUCAUCGAGAAAUUCGCGAAAGUACCGGAACCCGAAUUUCCGGGUCAUUUACUGCUGGAGCAAUUCCAAGCUCAGGUCGGCGCCGCGUUGCGACCGGCCUUCUCACCCGAUACGUCGUCUCUCGUAACGGCGGCAGCUUGCGAGGUGUGUUCGACCUGGAUCGGUUCGAACGUUGCGAGGGAUCUAAACGAUUUACGCAGGGUACACCAACUACUCGUUUCGUCUUUAACGAAGUUACAAAAUAAAAACAACAUGAACCAGUUGUACAAUGAAAGCUUGUCGACCCUGGAAAAACUCGCCAUACUUAAGGCGUGGGCCGAAGUAUAUAUCGUAGCGAUGAAAGGGAACGAAUCGGCCCCUUCCAUGUAUUUACUAACGACGAAUAACAGUAUGAAUAAUAAUGAGUUUACCGACUUCGAAUACCGCGGGGAGAGUCUCUUAACUCUAGUACAACCCGAACUGAUAAGUCUAUCGCAAUAUUGGUUGUCAGCCUUGAAAGACCACGCUUUAUUAUCGCUGCCGAGCGAAUUCUCCAGUCAACUUCCUCACGACGGUGGAGCGUUUUACACAAACGAAACGAUGGAAUCCGCGAGGCCGUAUUACGCUUCUUCGUGGCCCCCGAUUUUACACGCCGCUGCACUUUGGUUAAAUUCCGGAUGUUUUAAAAAAGACCUCGAUAAGGACUUAAACAAUGACAACUCUUUAAACAAUAACAAACCGAACGAUAAUGCAUCCGAUAAAUUCCACUUGCUUUUCGGCAUUUGCAUGGAAGCGCUGUGCAGUCCACGAUCAACGGAGCCUCUAGAAAGCAUAAUUACCUGCUUGCAGGCGUUAUAUACUCUUCUUGAUGCGGAGUAUACGAGGCAGUUGCUUAUGAGCGACGGAUCUUUAGGAAUCGAGCUGUGUAACGUCCUCCACCGCCUGAUACUGACAAGGGACAGUCACUCGUGUCAGUUGCUUUGCUUGGAGGUUCUGAAACAAGUUAUAAAAGCUGCACAGGAGAAUUUAGAGGAGAAGAAACGGAGCAAGAAAGACGAGGAAGACGUUACGACCGAUGUUACGAUGUUGGGCGAGGGAGGCGAAACCGGUAAAAUAAUUCCGGGCAAAUCCUUAGUAUUCGGUGUGUUGGAGGUUUGUUUAUGUCUCUUGAUCCGUCAGUUACCUUCCUUGAGCCCAUCGCCAAAUUCGACAAUCGUCAACUCCUUACGGAUAAUGCAAAGUAACGAACAGUCAGGGCAAUUGCUUGCCGCAGCUGUAACUUGCAUGGAGAGUCUGCAUAAACUUUGUUCUCCCAAAGGGGCCGUUGCUAUCUUGCCAACGAUAUUAUAUUUGACCACAGGCGUAGUGAAAGAAGUGGCCACGAAAAACGUUAACGAUGCGAAUAUCUUGGCAAAUAAUCCUUCCGUUCAGGCCGCACUGCACUGUUUAAAGAUUCUCGCCACGGAUCCUUACUGCAAACAUCCCGAUAGCGGUGAAAACUGGCAGAAGCUUCUACAAAGCGCUCUCGCCAAGAUCAUAGACCUCGCUAAGACCGGUAGCGACGAAAAUAAACUGGACGAAGUUACUAUGAUGCUGGCUAUAGCGGUGUUCGUUCUACACGCACCUUCGAAAGUCAUCACAGCACCCAACUUGCAGUAUCCCUGUAUAAACCAUUUUAGGCAAUGUUUAGAAAACCCGAAUUCAACGGUACGAUUAAAGUGCGUUAGGACAUUAAAGUCGUUAUUCUUGCACCAAGACCGUUCGGUAGCAACACCGUACAUUCACACAUUGGCUCCGCAGUUGGUCGAAUUUUUGUAUUCCGAGUCGGCCAAAAAAUUGUGUUCAGAUGGAGAACUGUCAGUUACUGUCGAAACGAUAGUAACUGUGGAAUCCCUUAUAGAACUAGCAGAACCGCAUAACCGUAUCCAAAUGUUAACAUUACUAGUACCUAUUUUGGUGAAUUAUUUGCUAGUGGAACCAAUCAGAUCUGCCAACAAGUAUGCGCAGUCGUUGCAUGAAAUUAGUUUACAGUGGUUGAUGAAAAUAGGGCCAAAAUAUCCGCAGGAAUUUAAGCAGCUGAUGACCCAAGCUGACGGUUUGAGAACGAAAUUAGAAAAUGCAAUAAGAUCGAGUCAGGUAAAUCAUAAUAAAAUUAAAAACGAUAUUAAUGUGAACCAACCAUUCUCCAACCAUACACCAACUAUUAAACUAAAAACUGAUUUUAGUAACUUUUCUUAAAAUGCUGUGGUAUAUUUUAUUAAUUGUGAUAGAAUUUUAAACUGUAUUUCAUUUUAUUCAAUUAUGCGACUAUGAUUAAAUUUUAAAGCUUAUUUGACCAGUACUUUUAUAGUAAUAGUUACAAGAAUUAAUUUUUAAUUUUUGUUUUUUUUUUCACAUUGAUCAUGGGCCAAUGUUUGCUUUAUUCCUUUUAAUAUAUUUUUAAUGGUUUUAGAUAUACAUAUAUACCCUAUCAAGACCUAAUUUAUUUAUAUUAAUUUAUAUACAAUCCCUUUAUAUAAAACGUUAUAAACUGCUGUAGUUUAGUAGGUGUAUAGUAUUCGAUCAGCUGUACCAAAAUAUGUUAUGGGAUUAGAUGGUUACUAAAUGACUGAACUUUGUAGGAAAUUAUACCGUGUUUAACACAAUACUCUUUUUAUAAGUUUUAUCAUGAAUUUUGUAGGUACGUAACAAAAUCCCAAAAAUUUGUGUAUAGAUUAACGCAAUUGACGCAAAUGUAGUACCUAUUUAAUAAAAUGCAGUAACAACAA